GUCUCUGCGUACCCACCCCGCCACCAUUUCUGCUCCUGAAACAGCCUUCCUCUGUUUCUGCCUGGGCACGUGUGGUUUUGCUCCCAGUGUCCUGGCCCACGUGGCACUCUGCUGAGUGGUCUCACUGGGGACUUGUCCUCUGCAGCUUACAGCACAGGCAUUUGGGCCCCUAUCUCCUUUUCCCGAUGGCAGCCUCUUUGAAGGGAAGGGCUAUGUCUUGUUCAGACCUGUGUGUCCUCCAUACUUAGCGUAGCUCCUCGUGCGUAAUUGGCAAUAAAUAUUUACCCAGUGGAUAACGCUCUUCUCCUGUAUUGCAGGGAACCUAGGAGGAAGACCCCUACUCCAUUCAGUAAGAGGAGCCAGCGAGAUUCAUUCCGGACAGCAGAACGGAAGAGAGAACAUUGAUGGCUUUCCCACCGCAGUUUUUAAAGCAUUUGUGAAUACUGGGGAAGGAAUCGGUCCUGAUUCUGAUGCAGCUGAGAAAAAUGCAGACCAUCAAGAAGGAGCAGGCAUCCCUGGAUGCUGGCAGCGGUGUGGACAAGAUGAUGGUGCUGAACUCUGCGCUGACCGAGGUGUCAGAAGACUUGACAGGGGGUGAAGAGCUGCUUCUGAAUGAAGGCAGCGUGGGGAAGAGCAAAUCUUCCGCGUGUCGGAGGAAACGGGAAUUCAUUCCCGAUGAAAAGAAGGAUGCCAUGUAUUGGGAAAAGAGGCGGAAAAAUAACGAAGCCGCGAAGAGGUCUCGGGAGAAACGUCGACUGAAUGACCUGGUUUUGGAGAACAAACUGAUUGCCCUGGGAGAAGAAAACGCCACUUUAAAAGCUGAGCUGCUCUCCCUAAAAUUAAAGUUUGGUUUAAUUAGCUCCACAGCCUAUGCCCAAGAGAUUCAGAAACUCAGUCACUCUACUGCUGUGUACUUCCAAGACUACCAGGCGUCCAAGUCCAGCACUGGCCCCUUUGUGGAUGAGCACGAGCCCUCGAUGGUGACGAGCGGCUGCAUUUCUGUCAUCAAGCACUCCCCGCAGGCCUCCCUGUCCGAUGUUUCUGAAGUGUCCUCGCUGGAACAUUCACAGGAUGGGGCUGUGCGGGGUGGCUGUGGGAGCCCCGAGAGCAAGUUCCAGGCCAUCAAGCAAGAGCCUGUGGAACUGGAGAGCUACGCGAGGGAGCCUGGUGAUGAGCGGGGCGCCUACCGGGCCUCUGUGUAUCAGAACCUCAUGGGGACUGCGUUCCCCAGCUACUCCCACUCUCCCCCUCUGCUGCAGGUCGCCCGGUCCUCCAGCAACUCCCCCAGGACGUCGGAGACAGAUGACGGCGCCGUGGGGAAGUCAUCCGAUGGAGAAGAUGAGCAGCAGGUUCCCAAGGGCCCCAUCCAUUCUCCUGUGGAGCUUCAGCGUGGCCACGCCACCAUGGUGAAGGUCCCAGAAGUGAACUCCUCCGCCUUGCCGCACAAGCUCCGCAUUAAAGCCAAAGCCAUGCAGAUCAAAGUAGAAGCGUUUGAUCACGAAUUUGACGCCGCACCGAAACCGGCCUCGCCUAUGGACGGGACGCCCAAGAGACACUUCGAACUCGAGAAGCAUACUGCCCCAAGUAUGGUACAUUCUGCCCUCACCCCUUUUUCAGUGCAAGUGACUAAUAUUCAAGAUUGGUCUCUCAAAUCGGAACACUGGCAUCCAAAAGAACUUAAUGGCAAAACUCAGAAUAGCUUCAAAACUGGAGUUGUGGAAAUGCAAGACAGUGGCUACAAAGUGUCUGACCCAGAGAAUUUGUUUCUGAAGCAGGGGAUAGCAAACUUAUCUGCAGAGGUGGUUUCACUGAAGAGACUCAUAGCCACACACCAAAUCUCUGCUUCGGACUCUGGGUGAAUUACUACUGAAAAGCUCUGGGUCUUUAGAAAGCCGUCAUUUGCAAUAGAUGAGUACGUUUUGUAUUAGGCUGAAUUUUCACUGGACCCGUGAUGUCAUUCCACUGUAAUGUUGACACAUUGUCUGCUGGGUGUCUUUUUGUGCACAAAUUAUUAUGGAAAUUAGAGCGUGUUAUCACUCUGCCUUCUGUAUAGUAAAAUAGUCCAUGCAAAGCCUGUAUAUAUUGAACAUUAUUUUUGUUGUUCUAUUAUAAAGCGUGUCAGUUACCAGUUUCAAUAAAGGAUUGGUGACAAA